CCAAGACCAAGAGCCGGGCAUGAAUGACAGUAAAUGCAAAACAAAACCAGAGUACAGAAUAUAGAUAAGAUUCCCUCAUACCAGGGUUUCGUUUUGCUUUGUUAUAGUCUUCAGGCUCUUGGGUUUUCAUCACUUCUAAGUUCAUGGCUUCCUGGUUUCUCUCAGUUACGGCAAUGGGUCUUUUCUCUCUUGACUCUUCUUUUGUUGUUUUCUUUUAAUUUCUCAGUAACCAAAUAAAGAAAAGGCAUACUGUUCAAAAUAGUCUCUGAAAUUUUUUACUUCUCAUAUUGUGCGGGGAUCAUCUUGGCAAGUAAAGUUGUUUAUAAUUACAACUAGUAAAUUCAUUUUUUCUUAUUCUCUUAUUAUAUCACCAUUUAAAUAUGGUGGAACGAAAGCUCUUCAAAACAAAGUUAUGCGUAUUGUAUCAAAGCGGUCGCUGUACGCGCCAAACUUGCUCCUUUGCUCAUGGAGAUGCUGAGCUUCGCCGAUCUUUUGGCUCCUAUAACGUUGCAGGUAGGAGGGACUAUAGAGUUAGUGACUUGAGGGAUAAGCUUGAUAGGAGGCUUUCCCCGCAGCGAAGGUAUUCUCCAGGAAGUGAUGCAGGAGGUAGACAUACAUUUCACGGACUUAGCCCUUCCAGGUCUCUUGAGAAGGAAAGUGACAGAAAACGCAGGAGGAAGCAGCACAUUGAUGGGCAAAAUGAUUCCUCUGGAAGUUUGAAAAUCUUGGAUGGGAUUGGAGAUCGUGUUAAAGACAGAAAAUUUACUUCUUCAGGUUCCAAAAUUAUCCUUCAGGAGCAGUUAAAAGAAGUGCAGUCGGAUAUUAGCACGCUUGAGCUCCAAAAACAUCAAUUAGAGAUUGAUGUGGAUGAGAAGGUUCAAGAAGCAGAUAUUCUUUCUUCUAGGAUUAAGGAGCUUCAGACUCAACUAAAUAAGGAGAAAGAGGAGUGUAAAAGGAUAGCUUUGAAAAUCAAGAAAUUUAUUAAAGAACAUAACCGUCACGUAAGGAUCCAAGAUGAACUUAAGAGGUCACAAGCACGACUUCAGAAGUUGGGUAAUCAACUUGGCUCAGAUGCUACUGUAACUGGUGUCAAUGAAGAGGAUUCAAGCAUCAAUAUUGUAAGUGAUGGAGAGACUGCCAAUAAACAUCUAAUCAGCCCACAGAAUGAUGUCUUGACUAUAUCUUCUCCAAAGAAAACAAAGCUACAUGUUGAUCGGGUCACUGCUGAAGAAUCCAUACAAGAAGCCAAUUUAACAAAAGAUAGAGGACGGUGGACUGAAUCUAUUCCGUCGGAGAAAGUUUCUCGGUGGAAUGUGCACCCAUUUCAAUCUAAUGUUGGCAUAGAAGUUGAGGCUGUAAACGAUGGAAACAGUAACCAUGGACCUUUAUUAGAUCAAGGCAAACUGAAGAGAAGAAAGAAUAUCUCUACUAGCUUCCCUGCUGCAGAUAAGUUGACGAAUUUGGGAUCCGGGAAUCUAUUACCAUCAACCAGCAUUGCUGCCCAUGCAGUUGAUGACGAGGUCGAGACUGAAGUGGAGAAGAUUGAGCAGGUGGUUGAAAUGGCUUCAGCAGGAAAUGAUAAACGGGUAAUAUUCAAUGCCAAGCGGAUGCCAUUCAGACUUCCCCCUCCUGCACCAAUCUCCCGAAAUGCUUAUUUACAGUAUGCGGGUGAUGAUGAGAACGUGGAUGUGGUGGGCUGAAGGAGAUGAUGAAUGUAAUAAUUAGUUGAUACCUUAGGGUUUUAAGGAUGAAAUAUCCCUCUCUGAAAUAUCUCUCAUACUUAGCUUUGGCAUACAUGAACAAGUGAAUCAGAAGCUCUGUGUAUAUAUUUUUGGAGUAUAUUACAGUUGGAAUUGAUGUAUUUCCUAGUUGUCUUAAGAAACAUGAUAUUAUAUUAUGUAUAUCAGUAUUAUUUAACAUCCCCACCUCCAUUUUACCGUGUCCGGGCACAAUGUUCGAACACAGUACUAUGUUAAAAUGAAAUUUUUAUU